AUGAGAUAUCGAAUUGCAGUAUUUGUAUUUGUACUAUUGGCUACCGACAGAGACGUUGCUGAGAAUGAUAACGGAUUUGUUUUGGGAUGGGGAUCAACGACUUUCCCAGAAAAUUCAUAUCCUUUACAAAUGCAAAAGGCCGACAUGAGAAUUAUUCCAGAAAGAUUUUAUUCUACAUAUUUUAAAUUUCUUGUACACGAUACUCAAUUUUGCGUAUUGGAUAAAAAGGGAGUAGGAACGUGGACGGUAAAACAUGUGAUUGUAUUUAAUAAUUAUCAAAACAUGAUAGAUCUUCCAGACAGAGACAUAGAUGACGAAGACAGUGGCUAUGUUUUGGGCUGGGGUUCCAUAUCUCAUCCAAACAAUACAUUUCCCAUGCAAUUGCAAAAAGCUUAUAUGUACAUUUACCCGUUAAGGGACUGUUUUGAAAUUUAUAGUUUGGAAACGGCUGUUGGACAAUUUUGUGCGUAUUAUAAGGAAAAUGUCGGACCGUGCAUUGGUGAUAGCGGUGGUCCAUUGGUAAUUAACAAAAAGCUUGCUGGUGUUGUUUCAUUUAGUAUGCCAUGUGCUCAAGGCAUACCUGAUUUUUAUACCAAUGUUUACUAUUAUCUUGAUUUUAUUAGGUUUUUUUUAAAAUAA